AUGGCACUGGUCGAACGCUUCAGGCAGCUUCGGCAGCGCUCAAUGAAAGAUCUUCCCGAAGCUGAUGACUGCUCUCGACCCUGUGGAAAAAUCAACGUUUUACCCCGCAGCCUUGUUCUGCAGACUCAAGCCGAUGCUCGCCUGACAGUGCCGUCAACAAGCUGGUUUAGACUCGGCCGUGACCACACCCCUCAUAGACACGCUCCUCACACUCAGUCUCGACUGGCAACUCUGCACAAGACUGUCCGAUUGAAGAUAGAUACGACCGGGCUCGCGCAAGGGUACAUAUACAGUGUAGCCUAG